GCCGUUUUGACUCUGCGUCGAUCGAGCAAAGAUGUAUCCCCUUGUUAGACCGUCCUUCUUAAAUAUCAGCGAAUUCUCGCCUUCCUUCCUUACUCCCACUCAUGUCGACCUUUGACUCACUCGUUGCAGACCUUACUCGCGACGCCAAUCGUGUCCAGCCGAAGGAUGCCCUGCAAUUCUGCGCCAAUUGGUUCCAGCAGCGGCUCGAAGAGCAGAGGUCGCGCACUCGCGAUGUUCUUGCUCGUCGAAUACCUGCUUUUUCUCGCGAUUUACCUAGCGAAAUGUACAUGGAUACGCCCUUUGGUACUGGGCCGGGUCCGAUAUCAGUGUCUCCCUUCACCCAAGCACCACACCGCUCAUCGUUGAGGAACAGCGUCAGCCUCACUCCAGGGCCAUUUGGUACCCUCAACGUUCCAGGAAAUGCCUUGCUAGCCAAUAACCCGAUGGCACCACCAACUAUCCAGAUGGAAGGGCGCGUUCUGCCACCUACUUCGCCUUUGUCGGUUUCACCACCAUUCCCAAUGUAUGACGAUACUCCAGUCCCGCCCCCGACUCCUGGUAGCUUCCUCGUACCCCCAACUUCUGCAAUAUUUGCAAGACGCACGUCUGUAUCAGCAGAAUCUAUCCCCCUCGAUGGCUCUGCAGACGAAACCCUCCCGGUCUACCCCAAGACCUCCGACCAGCUUCGUCGCAUCAGGGCUUCAAUGACAGGUAAUUUGCUUUUCCGCGACCUGGAAGAGGAGCAGAUUACGGCAGUGAUUGGUGCGAUGCAGGAAAAGGCCACUGAGAAGGGGGAAGUGAUCAUACGACAAGGAGACGUCGGUGACUACUUUUACGUCGUCGAGUCGGGUUUGCUGACCUGCUACAUACAACCUGAACCACUGCCUCCAGCGGGGAUUCGUCGCGCAGAGGAUAUAUUCGUUCAACCGGGAUACCACCCUGAGUUUGGCAAACAAGUCUCAGAGUGCACACCAGGGACGUCCUUUGGAGAGUUGGCGUUGAUGUAUGGACAUCCCCGUGCCGCGACUGUAGUGUCUACUGAAGCAUCUAUGCUCUGGGCUCUGGAUCGCAUUACGUUCCGGACCAUUAUUUUGACUGCCGCUCAUCGACGGCGCACGAUGUACGAGCAUUUCUUAUCAACCGUGACCCUGCUGUCCUCGCUCGAUUCUAUGGAACGAAGCAAAAUCGCCGAUGCCCUUGUCAGCAGGAUCUACAUGGACGGGGAAGCUGUCGUCAGACAGGGAGAGAUGGGCGAUACAUUCUUCUUCGUCGAAGAAGGGGAAGCUGUCGUUACAAAAACCCAAGAGGGCGAGGACGGUGAAAUCCGAGAAUUUGAAGUUGGACACUACAAGAAAGGUGACUACUUUGGAGAACUGUCGCUUUUGCGUAUGGCUCCCCGAGCUGCUACUGUUUGCGCCAUCCAUCGCGGUGAUCGUCUUCUUCCGAAGCUCAAAGUGGCGGCAUUGGAUGCCCCCGCUUUUACGAGACUUCUUGGUCCCCUUCGUGACCUGAUGGAGCGAAGAGCGGGUGAACAAUACGGGCCUGGACCCUGGUUUUCUGGCUAAGAAAAUGGGUCGACAAUUUUUGUAGUCGCCGUUUGGCCUGUCGGGGGCUGUAUAUGCUUCUCUUGGCUUGGCAAGUUGCCAUGGUGAUGAUCGCUAAAUCUCAUGUUGAUGUAAGUUUCUAUGGAUUCCAAUAGACGGAAGUAAAAUUUAGGUAGUUGUCUCGUACAAUCUCUCGCGCUGUAGCGAUAAAAGUACUGCUUUCUUUUGAAAUGUAACAUACAUGCAUC